AUGGGAAUCAAAGCUUUCGAAAAUAGGCUUUGGUUCGAAUCAAAGUUGAAAGAGAGUUUGAUGCUCGACGAACCCGCAACCCUCCAGGACGCUUUGCACAGGUCCCAAAAAGACAUCCGCGUCGAAGAAAGUAAGGCGCACCACUCAAAGAUUCAUGGAAUGAUGGAGUCUUCUCGACAAGCAUCAUCUCGUCAAGAGUCAUCUCACCAAGAGAAUAAAAGAAGGCCUCUUAUGAGUCUUUUACGAUGCAAAGAAGAGGGUAAUGACGAUACCAAAUGGUGCAAGCUCUAUGGACGAACCAAUUAUACUACAGAAGAAUGUAGGCACGUCAACAACAUGAUACUGGAGUACAACAAAGGAUAUACUCCGUACUCCGCAAAGCCAAAGUGA